AUUAAAACCUCUGCAAGACCGUUGGGACCAACAUGCGAUGACGACCGCCCGCAUUCUCUGGAGAUCGCCCAGGCAGGUAUAGACAUGUUGAGCCUUGUCGUCGGUUCCCAUUGUUGUUGUGACUGUCUUGGACAAGCGAUGAGUUGGGUAGUCGAUUGCCGUUACUCAUACCUUCCAAUUUGCGUGUUCCUCACUGAAUAGGGCCUCGAGACACAACCUCAACGACAAUGCGACCAAGCGACCCUCGAAUCCGUCAAAGGAUCAAUCAGAUCACCCAGAAUCUUGAAUCUGCGAAUGAGACCGCCCAGGAAGGCAUCUAUGCAUUUUCGCACAAUUAUAUAACACCUUGUUUUGCAGCGAUAGGGAAUUGCGUUGGCUCUUGCACUGCGCCCUGUUUCCCCAACAAGGGGAAUCAACUACGACGCCGGAGACGAGGCCGCGCAGAGGACAUUUUCGAUUUCUACGAUGACUGGGACAAUGAUCUUGCUGGCGAUGGUCUGCUGGGAUGGGGCAAUGACGAGCUGGACCGACUGUUGGCCGGGAACAGCAUAGCACGCGGAAGUUCAGAACAGCCGCGCAGGCAGCGGAAAAUGAGCUACGGGACGCGCAAUCCGCGAAGGAAGAGCAGUGUACUCGUGCCGGAUGAUCGUGACGAUCCCACUGUCAUACCAAGCUCGUCGUUUCUAGGGUUUUUGGAACGCUUCCCCUGGAGGUUUGGAUCGAGGAAAUUGAAGUACCACCCGUCGGCUGCUGAUCUACAGGAGCAUCCAAAAGGAUCACACCGUUACGCCCAUGAAGAUGAACCAUUGAUGGAGCGGAGUGAAGAAGAAGAUGGCCAUGAGGCAGCUACUCCUCGAGGCUGGAGCGGUAGGGAUAGGAGUGGGACACAGUCAUCGCGCGACACAAACACUUCGUUGAGCUCACGAGGGGACCUGAUUCCUAGCGACGAAGAAGAAGAUGCUGUUCCAUUGGAUGAUGAGCUCGCUAUGGCUUUAGCACGACGUGGGACAGGGUUUGACUCGGAUGAUGCGAUACUAAGCGGGAAGGGGUCUGUCAAGAGGACCGCAUCCGGGACUCUUAGUCUAGGGACGACUUCAUCAAAGGAAUCAAAACGGAAGAAGAAUAAAAAGAGACGAAGCACAGCAGCAAAAUCUGUCAGAAGCCUCGACGCUGCCGGCGCGCGGAGUGUCGAUGUCGACCUGAAGAAAGAAGAGGAUGAAGCAGAACUCGAAGAGGAAUCUGAGAUUAUGAAGAAGAGGCUUGCCGCGCAGAGACUCGCGAUGAGCCGAGGACUGCAACAAGGGAGUAGCAUGCCCAAUUCGUCUUUCCCCCUUGCCAGCUCUCCGGCUCCUUCAAUCAUAAAUGUUCCUGGCCAUAGGUCACCUGCCGUGUCUUCCCUUGACUCUACACAACGAAGGGAAUCAUUCGAUGGUCCUGCGCGCUCUUCUGUUCGACUCUCCAAGCGAAAAUCGCACGAAAGACAACCAGAUACUGAGCCAUUCCCUCCUUUGUCGCUAACAGAGAUACCUGGCGAGGAGGAGUAUCUGGAGUCCCUUGGUAAUAUCGAUCCAUCUGUCGUUGAUCUGACCGAUCGAUCUUCUUCUACCGUCCUUCCGAAACAACGAAAAAACAAUAGUGCAGCAUGAAGGGGGCCGUGAAUUGCUGAAGCAGUGCGUACGUUUGCCGGUUGAACCUACUCUGCUCUGCGAUAAAUCCUCAAAUAUCUGCUGUAGUGUAAAGGACGGACAAGCGGGGAACCCGAGGCAAGAUGCUAUUGCAUUAUAUUUCGUUCUUCAUGCUUAACUUUUUCUUUUCUUUCUUUUUCUCUUCUCUUAUUUCCACGUGCUCCUGGGGAAUACUCCUUUUAUGUGAAAGGGAUUUACAUACACUGUGAUGGCCACGUCACUUGCUGCGAUGCUAAUAUCAUAUACUACUAAUGAUACAGAUAGAUGCGGUUACCUAUGGAGCACUCAUCUGUCUAUUUAUCCAUUCUGUGAAAUGAGUGGAAACGAACAUCUGGAGUAUGUGCUGUAUAUUAUCAUUAGCUUUUAAGCGGAGGCGUUGGUUGGGUUAAUGAUAAUGAAUGAGACAUGGCUUUUCCAUAGUUAAGAGUGUCUUACAUUGGAUAUUAUGACGAGAGUAAUGCAAUUGACUACCUGCUGGUAUGAAGCAUGAACAUAUAAAUUAUCCUCCUACCUCGUACACAGUAAU